AAACCCCCCUUCCCCAAGAUUGGGUUUCUCUUCUUUUUUCCUUCUCUCUGGGGUUUUACGUUCCUCUUCAUUCUGUUUUUAGGCCUCAAAUUCUUGCAUUCAUUUGAUUUUUUUCUUCCCUUUUAUCGGUUCGUUUUUAAAUCUGAAUCUGUGAUUUUUUCAUUAAAGUUCUCUAAUGGAUACUCGUAAAAGAGGAAGUCGUGAAGCUGGGUUCAAGGUUAAUGGCGGAAUCAAGAGAUCUAGACCCGAAUUGGAAUCUUUAUCUACUGGUGUAGCAAGCAAAUCGAAGCCAUGCACCAAGUUUUUCAGCACUGCUGGUUGCCAAUUUGGUGAGAGUUGCCAUUUCCAACACUAUGUUCCUGGAGGUUACAAUGCAGUGGCCCAGAUGAUGAACCUUCCACCAGCUGUUCCACCAGCUUCGAGAAACAUGGCAUCAACAGCUGCCACACCACAGGGCUCUGCCUCAGCAGUCAAGUCUCGCUUGUGCAACAACUUUAGUAGCCCCGAAGGUUGUAAGUAUGGUGAAAAAUGCCACUUCGCACAUGGAGAAUGGGAACUUGGCAAACCUAUUGUUCCACCUCAUGAUGAUCCACGCUCCAUGGGACCUAAUCGUGGUCGUAUGGGCGGUUGGAUGGAGCCAUCACCCCCAUCCGGUCCUGUUGGUACAUUUGGUGCUUCAGCAACUGCAAAAGUUAGUGUGGAUGCUUCCCUUGCAGGAGCCAUCAUUGGGAAGGGUGGUGUGCACUCCAAGCAAAUAUGUCGUCAAACAGGAGCAAAACUUUCUAUUUGGGAGCAUGAGUCAGAUCCCAGCCUUAGGAACAUUGAGCUCGAAGGAUCAUUUGAACAAAUACAAGAAGCCAGUUCAAUGGUUAGAGAAUUAAUCAGCAGCCUAGGUCCGGUGUCAGGUCCUGCCAAAACAUCUGGUGUGCAGGGUGGUCAAGGACAUCCGAGAAGCAACUACAAGACCAAGUUGUGCGACAAUUUUGCGAAGGGAAAUUGCACUUUUGGAGAAAGAUGUCACUUUGCACAUGGUGCAGCCGAGUUGCGGAAGUCGGUAAUGUGAGGGGUUACUAGUGUGCAUUCCAUGUAGUUGAUGGUAUGAGAUAUGCUGUCUUUUAUGAGUUAGAUCCAUGCUAGCUGUGCAAUACUAUCUAGUUGAAGUGAUAUGAACGGAGUUUUUACUUUCUUUUAGUCUGAAAUUUUGUGUGCCAGAUUGCAAUUUUCCUUUUCUCUCUGUCGCUAAUGUAAUGUGGUUUUGUAAGCUUAGAGGAGCUAAUAGUUUCCCUUUUUGGUUGGGAGGGCAAAUAAUUAGGUC